CUCUUUCCUUUUCCCUCUCGCCAGCCACAGUCCCUUUCCUUUUCCCUCUUGACAGCCUCAGCCAGUAGGCUGUUAGGAAUUGUGGGAGUUGAAGUCCAAAACACCCGAAGGGCCAGAGUUUGCCCAUAUCUGUUCUAUCCUUAUUUAUCUAUCCAUUAUUCAGAAUAUAUUUUUAAUCUUUCAAUCCAAGAUGGCAGGAGGAACAUUUUUCCCAGCGGAGAUGCCCCUCUAAGCCAGGCUCAGGCCCAAAAGGAGCGAGAAGUCCAAGAGCUGGUGGCCAAACUGGACCGGCGCUUCCCCCGGGUGCCUUUGCCCAACCUCGGGGCCGUCUCCAACGCUCACCCGAGCUGGGCCAGGUUGUACAACCCCAAGGCGGCCUACUGUCUUGGGGAGCAGCUGAUGGUCCGGCUGGACAUGUUUGACCAGUCAAGACAGAGAAAGACCCACGGAGGAGACUUCUUGAGGGCCAGGAUCUUCUCCCCGUACCUCAGGGCCGGAGCCAGUGGGAACAUCCAAGACUUUGGCAACGGGACGUACUUGAUCCGCUUCCCCUUACUCUGGGAAGGGGAGGUGAGGGUCUCCAUCUUACUCUUCCAUCCCAGUGAAGGGGUCUCGGCGCUCUGGGCAGCGAGGAAGAGAGGCUACGACAGAAUUACCUUCACGGGCAUCUUCUUGAACGGGACAGCCAGGGUUUCGACCAAAUGCUCCAUGGAAAGGAUCCCAAAUGAAGAGCUGUGCGAAUAUCUAGACCGACGCGACCAAGAGGCCUUCUACUGCCUGAAGCCCAAGAACAUCUCCUGCCAAGCCUUCGUCGGGCUCAAGUCCUCCAACACCAAGGUCUCCCACCUCACUUACUUGGAGCGGAGUAUUUUGCACAGUUCCAACAUUGGAGUUGAAACCUCUAAACGGUUUGGAUCGAUUCGCGUCCUACCUUGUCAAAGUGAGACCCCGAAAGACAACAAAUGCCCCCUCGGGAUGAGCUCCCCGUCGCCCAGCGGCUUCUUCUGGCAGAAUUACUGGUACCCCGUUUUGUGCGCUCUGCCCGUUUACAGCCACAUGGACUAUAUGAUGAACACGUGUCUGAGAGGGAAGCACAUUUACCUUAUGGGCGACUCAACGGUGCGGCAAUGGCUCGAGCAUCUCACAAAGAAUGUGCACAGGUUUCAAUACCUCGACACCCAUGGAGUUGGAAACCACCAGAACAUGAUGGCGGUGGACCUGGGCGCAAACAUCCAAAUCAGGUGGAUCAAGCACAACCACCCGUUUCUCAGUGCCCAGGAAUACACGACGAAGGGCCACGGCUACGUGACCCGAGAGAUCGACCGCAUAGCGGGGGAUGCCAGAACGGUCCUGGUCCUGGCCUUCGGGCAACACUUCCGCCCUUUCCCCAUCCAGAUUUUUAUUCGGCGGAUGAUCAACAUCCGGGAGGCCGUCCAGCGCCUUCUUUUGAGGAGCCCCGAAACGAAAGUGGUCAUCAAGGGAGAAAACACUCGGGAGCUGGACACGGAUGUUGAGCGUUUGGGGGACUUCCAUGGCUUUGCUCAGAACCUCGUCCUACGGGAGAUUUUUAAAGGUCUGCGAGUGGCCUUCGUCGACGCCUGGGACAUGACCAUCGCCUACGGUUCCAACCAGGUCCACCCCGGGGGCGAUGUGGUUUGGAGCCAAAUCCGGCUGUUCUUCAACUACAUUUGCUGAAGGUCAAAAGGCGAUGGGUCUACACUGCAGAAUGAAUGCGGUUUGGAACUCCCA